AUGGACAUUGUCUCCCGUCCUCCAAGUAGAAGCUUAUGCGAUCUCAACCAGCCUCAGGGUCCGACUACCAUUGAUUACCAUUCUUUGUUACAAGAGGAUGAAUAUCAUAAACUGUCAGAUUCUACAAUACAUAACCUUCUAAAGAAAAUAGAGGAGAGGAUGAUCCAGUUUUGUGACUUUUUUACAGUCUCUACUUUUGAGCAAUUGCAAGUAAUGACUUCCAAACGCCAAUACAAGGAGGCAGCUGAACAACUAGAGGCUGUCAACCAACUUUGUAGUCAUUUUGAAGCUUAUAGAGACGUCCCUAAGAUCACUGAGCUAAGGGAGAAAGUUAAGAACAUCAAACAGGUUCUCAAGUCGCGCGUGUUCUCUGAUUUUGUGAGAUCAUAUACCUGCUGCACCAAAAAGGAGAUGAACCAAUUUCUUAAAUGGGUGGGAAAGAAACUCGCUAAAGGAUUUUCCAUGCUAAAGUUCGAUGUGGGGUUGUACAUCGAGAGGAGCAUAAUCGAGCAAAGAGAAAUUGUUAUCAAGAAUGUGACAAUGUUGCUGAUAUAUUGACAAUUCCUAGAUUUGGGAGCUAUGAAGACUUUGCUUAUUGAAAAAUCAAAUAAUAUAAGACAAGAGUGAGAUAACUUAUAAAUCAAGGUGGAGUGGUGAUAAUAGAUUUACAAUAUUACAAAUAUGGUAUAUUAAUGGUACACAAUCUUGGAGAUUAUAAUACUCUUCUGAGGAGUAUUCCAGAAGGUGUUAGGAUUCUUAGCUUCAUGCAAACAAUACACUUUAAUGACAAUAUCGACUCGCGGGUUUGGAAUGUGGAAAGAGACGGAAAGUUCAAUUCUAAUCUAGCUUGGGAGUAUAUUUGUGAGGGGGAACGAUGUGGGUUGGACUCAUGUUGUAUGGUCCUCCAAAAUCAUUCUGAGACAACAGUUUGUGUUAUGGUUGUUGUUUAGGAAGAGACUUUCAACAAGGGAUUGACUUAAGCGGUUUAUGGAUAUCCCGGAUUCUAAAUGCCUUCUUUGUGAUGACAAUGAAGAGACGAUGGAUCAUUUAUUUGGUGGUUGCCCGUUUACACUCGAGUUAUGGAGACGGUUUA